AUGAAAUUUGGUCACUUGAAUUAUCGCCGCGGUGUUAUAACGUAUUCUUUAUCACCGUACGAACAGAAAGCCUUCUCAGGAUUCUUUAAAGAUGGGUUCCCAAACUUGAUGCGCAGAUUUAGGGAGAAAGUGCUUAUUGUUGGUACUCCUUUUGUAAUAACCUAUAUGAUAAUUGAGUGGGCUAAUGAAGAAAAUAAACGUUCAAAGAGGAAAGCUGCACAUAUGCUUGAAUAA